AUGGCUUGGCAAUCGCUCAUGGUCUCGGCGGGGCAGUCGGUCCCCCAUACCGGUUGCUGUGAGCCAGAUGUAGUUGAAUCCUCUGACGUAUUGAAUCCCUCUGACCGUCAAAAGGCCUUCGUCCUCAUUGUGGGCGGUGGCAUGGCAUCGCAUUGGGCUUCUAUCUGGAUAUUUGAGGCGAAGGCAGACAUUUUCUCAGUAGAACUGACUGCAGUGGAAGACACGACUGGGUACCGGUGGCGCCGAGCCCGUGGCAAGAUGCGCCAUUUGCUGUCCUCCAAGACCACCUGCAUCGGCGCCACAUCAAGCACUACUACACAAGCUUUCUUCGAAACGACAGCGUCAACUGGCUGGCCUUUUCCUGCUGGUUUUGCUCGGGAAGCAGGUGCCAGCCUCGUUCAGGAUGAUGACAGCGAGUACGGUUGCUUUUUGCCUUGUGCGGAUUCUCGAGACAUGCUGGACAAGAAAGCUGCGGAAGCGGUGGACUACAUUUGCAGCAGGGCUUCCGUCGAUUCGUGCAUGGCAGAAAAACGUGACCAUGUCCGAGACUGCAUCGUUAACUUUAUUGCCAACGGGGGAGGGUCCAAUUACAUCAUGACAGGAGGCGUUGAAUCUGAGAGCAGGGGCGGAGUGAUCGAGAUCGAAAGCACGACACCCUUUCAACUCUACCACCGCUCACAGCAAGUGUCACUCCACGGUUCCUUCUACGAUCUUCUCUUUCACAACUGCCAGCUAUACAUACUCCAGCUGAUGCACGACAAAUACAAGGUGGAAUUCUCGCAGCUGCCACGGGCCGUAGGAAGUGUUGCAGCCGGUCCACUCAUGCUCACGUUAGAGGUUAUCUUCAUGGCAGUCUUCUCAGGGCUGGAACAGGUGCAUGCCUCGCUGUCUGUGGCUGUUGGAGUUCUGUGGAUUCUUGCGGAGAUGCGUGCGACGUACAUGUACGAGCACAGCGACGGGUUCUGGAACGGCACUCUAGCGACAAUUCUUAUCCUGAUUUACGCUAUGUUCGACGAAAGGCACCACUUGGCCGUCACUAUUCCAGUGCUCAGUUUGUUGUGGGACGUGUGCAUGGUGAAAGAGGCGAUGAUUGUGAACAAGGUCUAUGAGAGCAAGCGGCUAAUUCUGCUGAAUGCCAUCUGUGUUCUGUUCGCCCUGGCUGUGGUCUGCCUCUUCCAGGUGCUUCGGGGAUGGCCCGUCAUGGACCUGCUAAUUUCAGGUGCCCUUCCGCAGCUUCUGCUCCUAGCUCGCGGAAACCGGCGGAUACUGACCUGCAUUUUUGACGAGUUUUUCCACGCCGACAUUCUGCUUGAGUCGUUGAUCGUUCUCUUCAGGCUUAAAGAGCCCCUGCCACACAAGGUGGAAGAUUGA